GUUUUUUUUGACGAAAAAUAAUUCCGAAUAAAGGAAAAAUAAUAAAAAUGGAUCGAUUUGAGUAUGUUGUAUGGCAAGACCGCGAGGUUAAAUUUGACAUAAUCAAUAUACAACAUAAAAUCCGUGGUGGCGAAGAGAUUUUGGAUAUUUUCGAUUAUGUUGAAGAUACGAAGGGGAAUCCGAAUGAAAGAGGCCGAUUGCUUGUUACGAAUUUGCGUCUAAUCUGGUAUUCGUUGAAUAACAAUAAGUUUAAUUUAUCGAUUGGCUUCAAUUGUAUCUUGACAAUGUCAACAAAAACGGUGCUAUCAAAGUUGCGUGGAACGACGCUGGCCUUGUACAUCUUGACUUUGUGUCGUAAUUCUCGUUUUGAAUUUAUUUUCACCAAUUUGGCGCAGAGCAAUGCUCGCAAAUUUUCGUCUAUAUUCGACAUCUAUAGAUCGUAUCAAUCGACGGUGCUGUAUAGAGAGCUCAAGCUACGAAGUGCGAUUAUGGCAUCUGGCCACUUGAAAUUAUUGCCAAAGGAGCAGGUUUACAGUACAUUUGGCGGCAUAUGGAAUCUUUCGAGUGAUCAAGGCAAUUUGGGUACAUUAAUCGUGACAAAUGUUCGAGUCAUUUGGUAUGCUGACAUCAAUGAAACGUUCAACAUUAGUUUGCCACACAUGCAAAUUGCGUCGAUAAAAAUCAGAGACUCAAAAUAUGGUCAUGCUCUGGUUAUCCAAACACUUGAGACUGGUGGCGGCUACACGCUUGGUUUUCGAGUGGAUCCGGCCGCCCGGUUGGUUGAUGUUUACAAAGAACUUGAUUCUUUGUUUUCGGUUUACGCCGCCAAACCGCUCUUUGGCGUAACUUAUGAACGAAGAGAGGAAGCACCCGAACGUGACGAUGACACAAUUUCUAUCGACAAAAUCACUGAAGUUGACGAAUCGAAGACGGACGAAAUCAAUACGAAAUUCUCCACAUAUCUGGCUGAAGGCACGGAAAGUGGUCGUCGACCACCAUUUUAUUGCAAAGAACUUGGUUUUGCCAUGGAAAAAAUUAAAGACGGAUUCACUUUGAAAGACCUAUGGGAAGUAAUUCCUACCACAAACUGAAGACAGUGUAUUUUCAGUAGCUUUUGUAUUGUUUACACGUAUUAUAUAAAAUAAGUACAGUUAUCUUGAUUAUUUUAUUAAUUGAUUUAUUGACAAAUACUUUAGUUAAAUCGAAUAAAACGUCCAUCAUUAUAGAUAGAGUCAUUUAGAAGAAA